AUGGCAGACAAGAUACCCAAGUUCUCUGACCUCCCUCUUGACAAGAACGGUCCUCAUCAUAAUGCCUGGGGCCUGUACGGCCCACAUGACGAACUAGGCACCCUCAACCGCCUAACCCCCGACAUCGUCAAAGCCGCCUCCAGCGAAAUCCAAACCGGCCACCGCAUCGGCCUCGACUGGCCCCUAGACGCCCAAUCCGACCUCCCCUUCUUCGGCCGCCAAGCCUUCCACAAAGAAGUCUAUCAAAAGCCGCCUCGGAUCGUGAACGAUGAUGUCUGGACUUUCAACACACAGAGUUCUACGCAAUGGGAUGGGCUACGUCACUUCGGUUUCCAGAAAGAGGAGGUUUUCUACAACGGGGUGACGCUGGAUCAGAUUCAUGGACGAAAUGGGGUGGAGAAGAGUAAUGUCAAUGGGAUUGGGGCGUGGAGUAAGGCGGGGAUCGUGGGACGGGGAGUGCUGUUGGAUUAUCAUAGUUGGAGAGUAAAGGAGGGGAGGGGACACGAUGCGUUCGCGACGGCAUCGAUAUCGGUUGAGGAUCUGAAGGCCGUGGCGAAGAGUCAAGGGACGGAGAUUAAGUUCGGAGAUAUCUUGUUGGUUCGCAGUGGGUAUAUGGAUGCCUAUAACCGACUCUCCCGCUCUGAAAUCGAAACCCUAAGGGCUAAACAACCGCUUACCUUCACCGGCGUGGAGCAGAGUGAAGAGAUGAUGGAGUUUCUCUGGACCAAUUUCAGUGCGGCGGGCGGUGAUCAUCCUUCUUGGGAGGCGUGGCCGACGCAGAAGGAGUAUGCUUUGCAUGAGGUCAUGCUGGGUGGAUGGGGGAUGCCGAUUGGAGAGUUGUUCGAUUUAGAGACUGUGGCGGAGCACUGUAAGAGUUUGGGGAGGUGGAGUUUCUUCAUGAGCAGUGAGCCUUGCAAUGUGCCCGGUGGUGUUGCUAGUCCGCCGAAUGCUUUGGCUAUCUUCUGA